AUGUCAUUUUCAUGGGCCCGAAUAAUUGGCGUGUUGUCGAUUUGUCUUCUUGCAUUGGUAGCGGCUCAAGAUUACUACGCUAUUCUAGGCGUUGGUAAAGAUGCAAGUGACAAAGAUAUCAAAUCCGCGUAUCGACAACUGUCUAAGAAGUAUCAUCCGGACAAGAACGCCGGUGACGAAGACGCGCACCACAAGUUUAUCGAAGUGGGAGAAGCUUACGAGGUUUUGAGUGAUGAAAAGAAGCGUCAAAUAUACGACCAAUAUGGAGCCGAUGCGCUGAGAAACGGCGGACCAGGAGGACCAGGAGGACCAGGCGGAGCACAUGGAGGAUUUGGAGGUGGAUUUGGAGACCCCAUGGAUAUUUUCGAGCAAAUGUUUGGCGGUGCUCAUCGCGGUGGAAAUAGAGGCAGACCUCGUGGCCACAAUUUGGAGGCAAGAGAGGACAUCACACUCAAACAAUACUACCAGGGUACUACACUAGAUUUCACGUUGAAUUUAAACGAUUUUUGCGAGCAUUGCCACGGCUCUGGGUCUCAGGAUGGAAAAACAACCACAUGCACGCAGUGCCAAGGCCAAGGUGUGAUAAUUCAGGUGGUGAGAAUGGGUCCUAUGACUCAAAAAAUGCAGCAAAUCUGCGGUGCAUGCCAAGGUAAGGGCCAAGUUAUCAAGAAUAAGUGUCGUAGGUGCAAAGGUGCCAAGGUCGAAAGAAAGGCAAAGGCAUUCCAUGUUGAUAUCCCCGCAGGCGCUCCUAGGGACUUCGUAGACGUUAAGCAGGGAGAAGCAGAUAAGAGUCCCGAUUUCGAUGCUGGCGACGUUUUCAUCAAGUUUUCCGAGUCCUCCAGAAAUAACAUGGGCUACAGGAGACGUGGUGUGCACUUGUACCGGACGGAGGUUUUAACUUUAGAGGAAGCACUCAAAGGUGGGUGGAAAAGAGAGAUCGAGUUUUUUGACGCCAACAAGAAGGUGCAACUGGCUCGUAAAGCGGGAGUGCCGGUCAAGCAUGGCGAAGUGGAACGUAUACCGCACUUCGGUAUGCCGCUACUUGAUCGUGCCAACGCUUUUGGCGAUCUUUUCGUGGACUACGUCGUCGUGAUGCCUCAGACAAUGUCUGCCCGGCACGUAAGAGACGAAUUGUAA